AUUGAAAAAUCUCUGGCCCUGAUCUCUCGCUGGUUUUCCUUCUAACGCGUGUUGUUUUCCCGCCAGAUUGAGGUCAGAAUGGGGCGUCAAGAUGUUCUGAGUUUAGCCAUAUCGCAUGGUGAGAACCAGCAAGGAACUCUCUUCAGGCUCAAGAGAGGAGCAAUUCUGCACAUUGUUCCUGGACCGAAUCUCCUUGGCAGACACAUUGCGCUGUUCUGCAAUUAUCCCGCCAAAGAUAAUGCAAAUUUCGAGAGGAAAAACUAUGCAGCUUUGUCGUGGCAAUCCAGUAACGGCAAAAAGCUCACAGAUUCCUCCAAACCAUUCGUGGAAGUCACAGAUUUGGAUAUCUAUUGCGAAAUCACAGCCAAUCGCGCGGGAGCUUUUCACUUUUACUUCACCUUUCAAGAAUGUCCUGAUGUCCAUGAAAAUUCCCUGUACGUUCAAGUGGAGCCUAAAAUACAGGUUGGACGAAAAGGCGCCGAACGCGAACUUCCGCUGGAUUCAAUUCGAUGCCAAACGGUCAUGGCAAAGUGUCUUGGACACUUGCAAACGUGGGAGGACAAGUUGAAAGUGACCCACGAAAGUGGUUACAAUCUUCUCCAUUUCACGCCCAUUCAGAAGCUCGGCGGUUCACGCUCAGGAUACUCACUGUCUGAUCAAUUGGCGGUGAAUCCGGACUUUGGACCGGGCGCAAACUAUGACAAAGUCGCCAAGGUGGUGAAGAAGUGUCGCGAAGAAUGGGGAAUUGCCUCGAUUUGUGACAUAGUUCUCAAUCACACAGCAAAUGAGUCCACUUGGCUGAAGGAGCAUCCAGAAACGACUUACUCCUGUGCAACUUGUCCACACUUGAGACCUGCUUUCCUCCUGGACAGUGUCCUUGCGAUGGCUUCAGCAGACACAGGAGCUGGGCUUCUUGAAACCUUUGGCGUUCCUGUGGAAAUUGAUCAUGAAAAUCAUAUAAAUGCUCUUCGUCAUCAACUCCACUCGAAUUACUUGGCCAAAGCGAGGAUUCACGAGUUGUAUCAGUGCAAUGUGGAGGAAUAUGUGAAGAAGUUCAUGGAAGGAAUGCGCACAAGACCACCGCCAAAGGCCACUCAAGCAGACACAAAGUCUAGAGAGACAAUUAUUCUGAAGCAAGAUCCAGCUUUUGGUCGUUUGACUGGCACAAUUGACUUCGAGAGCGCCUUUGACAUCUUUAAUGUCUUUCGCAAUGAUUGCUUCGAUGAGGACACGAGAUUGCGGAAGUGUGCUGAGGACUUUAGAAAGCGUCUGGAGGAAUUGAAUGAAACCGUUCGUCAAGACAUUGCUGAACACUUGCGUUCGGCCGUUGAGAAUUGUCUCUCAGGGCUGCGAUACGAGAGAAUUCAGGACGAUGGACCCAGGAUUAAGGAGAUAAGUGUUAAGCAUCCCUUGUUCUGCAGAUACUUCACAGACGGCGGAGUUACUUGCAAGACCGUCAAAGAUAUUGAGGAUGUUAUGUAUGGGGACAAGGCGAAGUUCCUCAUGGCUCACAAUGGGUGGGUUAUGAAUGGAGAUCCUCUGCAGGAUUUCGCUCGUCCUCAGCCCACAACGGCCAACGUCUACAUCAGACGUGAGUUGAUCGCCUGGGGUGACAGUGUGAAGCUGAGGUACGGAGAUAAACCUGAGGAUUGUCCAUAUUUGUGGGAUCACAUGAAGAAAUACGUGGAAAUUACAGCGAAGAUUUUCGAUGGAGUUCGUCUGGACAAUUGCCACUCAACACCACUUCAUGUUGCUGAAUAUCUCUUGGAUGCCGCGAGAAAAAUCAAUCCUGAACUCUAUGUUGUCGCUGAACUCUUCACCAAUUCCGAUAACACGGACAACAUCUUCGUCAAUCGUUUGGGCAUAACUUCUCUCAUCCGAGAAGCUCUUUCCGCCUGGGAUUCUCACGAGGAAGGACGUCUGGUGUAUCGCUUCGGAGGAGCUCCUGUUGGGGCAUUCUUCAGCUCACCCAAGAGACUUCUGGCGCCGUGCAUAGCUCAUGCUCUCUUCCUGGAUCUCACGCAUGACAAUCCGUCUCCUGUUCAAAAGCGCUCCGUCUUCGACUUGCUUCCUUCGGCUGCACUGGUUUCCAUGGCUUGCUGCGCCACUGGGAGCAACAGAGGAUAUGACGAACUUGUUCCUCAUCACAUUCACGUUGUUGAUGAGGAGCGAGAGUAUCAAGAGUGGGGAAAGACGGUGAAUGCUGAGAGUGGAAUUAUUGCUGGAAAGAAAGCGCUGAAUCUUCUUCACGGUGAAUUGGCUGAGAAGGGAUUUAGUGAGGUUUUCGUUGAUCAAAUGGACUACAAUAUUGUUGCGGUGACUAGAAGUUGUCCGGCAACGCGUCAAAGUGUAAUCUUGGUCGCUCACACAAGCUUUAGCUAUCCAGAUCCUUACAGUGGACCAACAAAUGUGCGACCUUUGAGAUUUGAGGGUCAUCUUGAGGAAAUCAUCCUGGAAGCUGGAAUUACUCACGAGUCUUCGAAGCCCUUUGAUCGUCCUUAUCGGUAUGAAAAGGACGAAAAGUACAUCAACGGAUUGACCGAGUACAAACUUAAGAUCAUGGAGCAUAUUUCCUUGGAAGAAUCCUCAAUUUUCAGUCAUGAAGUCACCCACGAUGGUAACAUUACUCAAUUGAACUUUAAGAACCUCACGCCAGGAUCUGUUGUGGCUGUGCGAGUGUCCCUUCAUGAGCACACACGACCUCACUUUGCCAAAGCACAGAAUCUUGUCGAUGUCUUCCACUGUGAGAAGGGAGAAAUCUUGACGGAUCUCCAGAAGAUUGUGUCCAAACUCAAUCUCAUCGAUCUGAACAGGGCUGUCUAUCGGUGUGACGAAGAGGAGAAGGACAUGGGCUUGGGUUCGGGAACAUACGAUAUUCCUGGCUUCGGUCGAUUGGUUUACUGUGGCACUCAAGGAUUUGCCUCUCUUCUCAGCCAAAUUGCGCCUUACAAUGAUUUGGGACAUCCUUUCUGUGACAAUCUUCGUCGUGGCAAUUGGAUGAUGGACUACAUUCGAGACAGAUUUGCCAAGUGGCCAGGAACCAAGGCGUUGUCCGAGUGGUGGGAUAAGAAUACUGUGGACAUUAAGGAGAUGCCUCGAUAUCUUGUUCCCAGUUACUUCGAUGUCAUUCUCACAGGACUUCAUGCGCUGUUGAGAGCUCAGAGUGUGACUCUGAUGUCGGAUUUCGUGCGGAAGGGCAGCUCCUUCGUCCAGGCUCUGGCAAUGGGCACAGUUCAGUGCGUCGCCGAGUGUCCAUCAGCCAAUCUACCAGCUCUCAGUCCGGCCACAAAGCCACCCAAGCCACCAAGUCAGUGCUCCACAAUGUCAGCGGGAUUGCCUCACUUCUCCACGGGCUACAUGAGAUGCUGGGGAAGGGACACGUUCAUCUCCCUGCGAGGACUCAUGCUUCUGACGGGGAGAUUUGACGAAGCACGCUUGAUGAUCUUGGGCUUUGGCUCCUGUCUGCGACACGGACUUGUUCCCAAUCUCCUCGAUGGAGGCUACAAGGCGAGAUUCAAUUGUCGAGACGCUGUCUGGUGGUGGCUCUUCUCCAUCAAGUACUAUGUGGAGGAAGUGCCGAAUGGUGAGGAGAUCUUGACGGAAAAGGUGUCCAGAAUCUUUCCCACGGACGACAGUGAAGCCCAGAAAGCUGGAAAAUGCGAUCAAUUCCUCUAUGAUGUCAUUCAGGAGGCCUUGACUGUUCACUUCCAGGGAUUGAUUUAUCGCGAGAGGAAUGCAGGUCCUGCCAUUGAUGCUCACAUGACGGAGAAGGGCUUCAACAAUCAGAUUGGGAUUCAUCCAGACACGGGCUUCGUAUUUGGCGGAAACGAUGCCAAUUGUGGCACAUGGAUGGACAAGAUGGGAUCGUCUGAGAAGGCGAAGAAUAGAGGAAUUCCCAGCACACCAAGAGAUGGUUCAGCAGUUGAAUUGGUGGGUCUUCAGAUGGCUGCUCUUCGAUUCCUGGAGAAGAAGAGUUCUCAGGGGAAGUUUCCCUACAAUUCUGUCGAAAGGAUCUCCAAGAAUGGGUCAAAAACUAUCUGGACUUAUAAGGAAUGGGCGGAUAGGAUAAAGGCUAGUUUUGAGAAGAACUUCUUCGUGGGACCAGGAGAAAUUCCCUUGGCUAAUAAGAGGGGGAUUUACAAGGACUCCUGCGGAGCUACUCACACUUGGCAGGACUUUCAACUCCGUCCAAACUUUCCCAUCGCAAUGGUUGCGGCUCCUGAACUGUUUAAUGCUAAGCACGGUUGGGAGGCUCUUGAGCAGGCUAAGAAAUACCUCCUUGGUCCAUUAGGGAUGAAGACACUGGAUCUCGAGGAUUGGGGCUAUCGUGGAGAUUACAAUAAUGCCAAUGAUUCUGAUGAUCCAAGAGUGGCUCAUGGUGCGAAUUAUCAUCAAGGACCUGAAUGGGUCUGGCCAAUUGGCUUCUACUUGAGAGCUCGUCUGAUCUUUGCUGCCCGAAAUGAUUGUCUGAAGGAAACUGUAGCAGAAACAUGGGCCAUCCUGACUGCUCAUCUGAGUGAAGUGAAGUCCUCAGCGUGGCGAGGACUCCCCGAAUUGACCAACUCCAAUGGCAGUUACUGCGGAGACUCGUGCAGGACGCAAGCCUGGAGCAUGGCCACCGUCCUGGAAGUCCUGUAUGACCUCGAGCGUCUCAAGUGUAAAGCCUAAUGUAUCCUCUCGUGCAUGAGUUCAAAUAUUUAAAUAUUUCUAUCGCAGCUUCUAAAUGCAUUUAUUUUUGACAAAAGUACAAUGCGAAUUUUUCUUUCCCGCCACAAUCAGUGGUGAAUUCCCCUCCGGAAUGAAGAUAGGCGC